GUGGGAGGGGCUGUGUCGCCAUGGCAACAGGCUGCAAAGCCCACAAGAAAAAGGACAGUUUUCAUCCCGAUGACGUGAACUUGUGGAGGAUUUGUCUCUUUUCUCGUGUUUACUCUGAUGGGGAACACGUCAGGAUUGCAGCCAUAUGGAGGCCAAGUCACCGCCAGAUGAUGUAAGCAUCUUUGCAGUGAUGCAGGUGAACAAACACCUGUGGUCCACAGAGGAUCAUAAGGAAUGCCCGCCAAUGAUGACACAGAAGGUCCCUAAAGCAGCCAAACGUCACUAAAUCCUUCACCAUGACACCCAGAGGCAGAGUUCCACCCUACAAUCUCCUCAGCACUUUCUCUCCCGCCACCUCCGCGCCCUCGCCGGCUUUCUGUAGCAUCGACGAGUCGUACAAGUACAUCUUCCUCCCCAUCUGCUACUCCUUCACCUUCAUCUUCAGUCUCUCUCUCAACGCCGUGGUCCUAUACCGCUCCUUCCGCCGCACCAAGCGCUGGAACGCCUCGCUGAUCUACAUGGUCAAUCUGGCCUCCACGGACUUCAUGUACGGCCUGUCGCUGCCCUUCUUGGUGGCCAGCUAUGUCAUGCGGGACCGCUGGGUGUUUGGGGACUUCAUGUGCCGCCUGGUCCGCUUCCUCUUCUACUUCAACCUCUACGGCUCCAUCUUCUUCCUCACCUGCAUCUCCGUGCACAGGUACCUGGGCAUCUGCCACCCGAUGAAGGUCAUCACCCUGGAAACCAAGAAAGCGGUGAAGUGCACGUGCGUCCUGGUUUGGAUUGUUGUCUUUGCGCUCACCUGUCCCAUCUUCCGCUUUGCUCAGACGGGUCACGUGACCAGAGCGCCGGGACAACUGGGCAGCAACACGAGCGGUGCUGUCGACAAGUUAGCACUCGGUGCUAACGAAAGCCAUGUUGUCUUUGAGGAGUACCAGAACUGUUGGGACGAUGCCAUAGACAAGGAGUUCUCCGAUUACGUCCCCUAUGGCAUUAUUCUCCACUUGUUGGGCUUCUUUGUCCCCUUCUCCAUCAUCGCCUGGUGUUACUCCCACGUGGUCCUCACCAUCUUCAAGACACUGCACUCUCGGCCUUCUUCUCGGCGAGGAUAUGCCGGCGUGGACAAGAGCCCCCUCGGGAGACGAGGACACAACAAAAUGUCCAGGCCGCCGGGUAGGGAGGAAGGUGUUUCUGUUUUCUUGGGCGCCAACUCGCCUUAUGCCAGCCGCAGACGAAAAUCCAUCAGGACCAUCAUCACCAUCACCCUCCUCUUCGCCCUGUGUUUCUUCCCCUUCCAUGUGACCAGGACCAUCUUCCUGCUCUUGAAGGUGACCAAGGGAGUUCCAUGCCGCACCAUGACCAUGGUGUCCAUGUGCUACAAGAUCACCAGGCCCUUGGCAUCCUUCAACGCCUGGCUCAACGCCCUCCUCUACUUCCUUACCAAAGACAAGGGCGGAGCACACUGCUGCCCCCCCGCCAACGCCACAAUGCAACACGGGGGGCCUCUGCUGCCCCUGAGGAUGGUGGGGAAGGGGGAGGAUGUUGAGGAGGGCCCUGAGGCCAUUCCACAACAGCUGGUCAUACACGAACAGAGCAAAAGUCACAUAUUUGGUUGACUGAUUUCACACAUGAAGAGGAAUGUGCUUUCACUUCUUAGGUCACCUUUUUCCUCUUUCAAAUCAUACUGAGGACAAUAUUAGAUGAACAGGAUCCAGAAAUUCCACUUGCUGAAUGCCCUCAUUUCCACUUGUCCACCACCUGUCAAAACUUUUCAAUGACAUUUUGGAGACUAAAACAUCCCUUAUAAUCAACGUUUGCGUAUUCCCAACAUGAUUACUACUUAUGAUUUUCUUCUCGUCAUCUGUCACAGUGGCACAACAAUAUUAUAAAUGCUGCAAAAAUACUGACAA